GGGAGGGGGGGUGAUGAUUUUCGCGAGAUGUCACGGUAAAGGGAUAACACAAGGAAAGAGGCAAAUGAGGUGGCGCGCAGGAUUGGAGCGGAGAACAUGAAGCUCUUACCUAAAGUCGUAAAGUGAAGCAGAAAGACGAUGAAAAUCCGAAGAGGUGAAGAUUAAUCUGCGAAAUCCAGGACGGGAAGCAGGAAGUCGAUUGGGUGGCCGGAGAGGGGGCGAAGAGGAUGGGAUUCAGAGGGGUUUUCGGCGGGCGGGGGAAAAGGUGGAGGGAUUUGGGAGAUGGAGAGGGGAGACGAAGGGACGUCGGAAGGAAGAAGGGAAGGAGAAAGAGGAGGAUGAGGUGGAGGGAGGAAGAAGAGGAGGAAAGGAGGAUGGAAGAAUGGAGAGGAAGAAGAGGGAGAAAGAAGCAGAGGGAAAUGAGGAGGGAGGGAGGAGGGAGAGAUGGGAAGCGGAGAGGAAGUGGUGGGAAGCGAGCAAAGAAGGAAAAGGUGGAAGAAGGAAAAGAGGAGGAAGAAGAAGAAGAGAAGAGGAAGAGUGGAAGAGGAGCGAAAGAAAGCAGUCACUCAGUCAGUCAGUCCUUCGGGCUUAGUUUCGUUUUUCGGUUCACUCGUGCGGGAAUCAAUCAACAAGGGCUAUGCCUGCUGUCUUUUCAUGUCUGCCACGCUGCUGGCUCGCGCGAAUCCAGAGUCAUCAUUCACGCUGUGUGUGAUCUAUCUAUUUUACCUCUACUCCAGGAAAAUUCCCCAAUUAGUCUUCUCGUCGCGUUAGUUGGGAUGCUGGUGUUGUACUGCUGUGGCUGACGCUCGCCUGGUAUUUUUGAUUACUACGACCACAUAAUAAUCAAUGGACAUUUUGGACCAGACU